AUGGAGAUAAGUGUUCUAGGUGGUGGAGGCCUCAUCUCUAACAUACUGGGGUCAAUAAUAAGGAGUGUCUUGGUGGAGCACGUGGCCAGACUGCAGUUAGCUUUUAAAGAAACCGAUAAAGUAUCUUCAAAAGCGGCUGCACCAUUUUGUGUUCCCACUGGUCUGCUCACGUAUAAUUCUGACCACAUUUCUGGCCCUACUCCACCUUAUUUGGUUUUCUUGAAAUCGGAUUACCUGCCCUGCACUGGAGCCCUGAUUCACCAGCUAUGGGUGAUCACAGCCGCACACUGCAAUUUACCGAAGCUCCGGGUGAUAUUGGGAGUGACAGACCCUUCCGAUCCCACCGAAGACCACGUGCAGGUGAUGGGCUACGAGAAGAUGAUCCAUCAUCCACUCUUCUCAAUAUCUUCUAUCGAGCACGACCUCAUGUUAAUCAAGCUGACCAGGAAAGUUGAAUUCAAUGACUAUGUGAAACCAGUCAAUCUCCCCAAACAAAUGGUCUCCACAAACACCAUGUGCACAGUCUCCACUUGGGCUUACAACUUAUGUGAUGUCGCUAAAGACCCUGACUCGCUUCAAAACGUCAACAUCUCUGUCAUCUCCAAGGCCAAGUGCGCGAACGGCUAUAAAUCCAAGGACAUCAAAGACAGCAUGAUCUGCGUGGGCAUCGUGCCAGGGAGGAGGGUGCCUUGCAAGGAAGUCUCCUCUGCCCCAGCCGUCUGCAAUGGCACCCUUCAUGGGAUCCUGUCAUAUGCAGACGGAUGUGUUUUGAGAGCCGACGUUGGCAUCUAUACAAGCAUCUUUCACUACAUGUCUUGGAUUGAAGACAUAAUCCAAAGCAAAUGA